UCAGCUGGCCCUAUGAAAGGACCAGCCCCACUCACUACAGCAGAGGGAGUAAGGAAGGCUUGCGAUGACAAAGACAAAGACAGCAACACUGUUGAUAAUGACAUCCCAGGCGAAUUUUGGUAA